GGAGUAAUUGCAAUUGCUUAUUACUACUAUUUUACAGGCACGUAACUACAUUCGGUCCUUACCACAGAUGAGAAAGAAGGACUUCCGACAAGUAUUCCGUGGAGCCAAUCCACUGGCUGUUGACCUGCUGGAGAAGAUGUUGGAACUAGAUAGUGAACGAAGAGUAACAGCAGCUCAGGCAUUAGCUCAUCCUUAUCUUGCCCAGUAUGCAGAUCCAUCAGAUGAACCUGAUAGCGAACCCUAUGCUCAAAAGCUUCGAAGAUAUGGAACUACCCACAGAAAAGUGGAAAGAACUUGUUUACAAGGAAGUGACAGACUUUACUCCAAAGCCUACUGUUGUUGCUGAGGAAGCAGAGAAGGCACAGUCAGCUUCAAAGUGAUUGUUUUAGUCGAACAUGAAAACCACUUCGUAUUGUGUAUCUCAUGCCAUUGUCAGAUACAUUUUAUUUUUUCUCUUAAAUAUGAAUAAAUUUUAGCAGAUCUCACAGGCAGUUAUGACUGUCAAAGUACUGACGCAUAUAUGCAUGGUAUAUAGUAUGAUAGUAUGGUUGCACACGUCUUCUUUAUACUAGUAUUACCUCAGCGGAAGUAAGUUUUCAGCCCAUGUGCCUGAGAGUGGUUUUAACUGUAACAAAAAUUAUCAUCAGCUAUAUACUGACCUUAAAGAUUUUAACCUUAAUCCUCAAGUUGUUUUCUAAUUAUAAGCAAGGUAUCAUCCAUGCAUAGAGAUUCAAUUAUUAGCAGGGACUAUUAAUUUUGAUUUCAGUCAUCCUAAAAUUAUUCAAGCAAUGACUGAUUAUAGCUGCUUCUAAGUUUUUCUUACCCUAAUGAUAAUAGUUUUAGAAUACUCAUGCCCUUCUUUCACCAGUUAUUAUGAUAGUAUCAUGUUCCACAGUCAUAUGCCAGUUUUGUCCGUGUAGUUUGAUACGAGGCAAGAAUAUCACAAACGUUAAGGUAUUUUAUAUAAAUUCUUAAGCUCAUAUAUGUCAUUUUUAAGGAAUCACAAUAGUGCCAUUACAAGCAACCAGAUUUGUAACUAUACUGUAUGAUCAUGUGAAAGUGAAAACAGGUGUAUGUUUCCCCACAAGUAUGAAUAUUACUGUUAAGGUAACUGCAAAGUCAGUGUAGUUCCUAAUCACAGUGAGAUUAAUUUUAAUUGAAAAGUACUGUGCAGUACUUUACUGUGUCAUAAGUUCUAUCUUUCUGAGAAGCAAUUUCAAUGUUGGCCAUAAUAAUUUUGUCACGGAAGGGUUUGUGUAUUUCUGGUGUUUGCAGGUAGACUCAGUUUCCAAUCAUAAAUGAUUGGCCACAGAAUCUUGCUGCAGCUCAUGAACUGUUAGUAGUACAGCUAUACAUAUUGUAAGUUUUGUCCUACAUGAUUAAUAUUGCUUCAGAAGUGAAGAGCCCAAUUUCUAAGUAACAUUAUUGAAAGUGUUUGGUUGUUUCAUUAUUACAAGACCGUAGUUUCCAAUAUUACAAGAAUGUAGUACAGAUUGAAGUGGUGUUCUCUUGAAUUCAAGAGUUGAAGUCUUCUUUUUCUCCAGAUAGCAGAUAGAAGAUACAAAAUAUUGUUCAUUUUAAUAUUGUAAAUAUUGCUGAUAUGCCAUAGUUAUUAUGUACAAAUGGACAAAGUGUUCUUAAAUAUGGCAUAUCAAAAGCUGAAGCUCUUUUAACUUUAAUGCUUUGGUCACAUCAGUAGGUAACACAGUAUGUAUGGAGUUACUGAACAGGCAAUUAUCCAAAUAAUUUGUUUUCUUUGGUAAUUUUGAAUCGGUUUUCCAAGUACCAGAAAAUGCAGUAGCCUGUACAACUAAAGAAGAGUAAUUGAUACAUAUAUGUAAAAAAAAAAUUUUUGUAAAUGCUUAGUUGUA